AUGUCUCAGGUGGUGCGUUUUGCCAGUGAUAGUGAAAGAUCUGACUCGGACUCUGCACGAUCCAGGGACUCAGUGCAUUCAAGAGAUUCUGUGAAUUCCAGAAGUUCUGUGCGAUCUGGGGAUUCAGUAAAUGUGCUGCAUUCUGGCGAUUCUUUGCAUUCUGGCGAUUCUGUGCUCUCCAGCCCAGAAAAUGAUGCCAACAUCACAUGGAUGCCCUCUGAGCAUUUGUACAGCACCAACACUUUCAUCUCAGAGUCCCAGAAAGACAAGACUCCAAGCCUGGACUACACCAGCGAUGACUACUGCGCUUCCUUUCACUCAGACCCCAGUUAUGAUUCAAACACUUACAUUGACCUAGACUCGGAGGAUGACACUGCAACACUCAGCGAUUACUCAUGUAUGGAUAGUCUGGCCUCGAGUGGAUGCACCGAUAGCUUGGCUUCAUCAGGGGUCUUCUCUUCACAGAGUUGUGGUGACAGACCAGCAUCCAGGGAAAAUGUGAAAGACUGUAUAUCAUUUAUAGCAAGCUGUUUAUCAUUUAUAGCAAGAUAUGUGUCGUUUAUAGCAAGUUAUGAAACAGAGGUCACAGAAUCUGACACUGAAGAGCUGGAAGACAAAUCUAGACAGAAAUAUCUUCUGAACGUAGUCACAAAGUUGAAGCUGAAAGGUCUGGAGAACACAAAAAGUUCAGACCCGGAGCAGGUGGUUACAGUGAAACGGCCCUGCAGCAAAGAGAAAGCCUUUUAUCAGAGAAUGAUUGACACCUGCCAGAAAUCAAAACGUAAGUUGAAUGAGUGUGCACCACAAUGCACUGUCAAUAAGGAGUUGCAACAUCCACCAGAGUAUUAUGGUCUCAGCUCUAGCAUUGUAGACAGACUGAAGAAUGACAACUUUCAGUUUUGGGUCAGAAAGAAAAUGGCAGACAUUGACCGAGACACAGAACAGUCAAGGGAAUAUGUGAGGAGGAACCAGCAUGUUGAGGAUGACUUUGAGAAACAGCAGUUCAUCAGCCAGAUGAAGGCUCAGGUGAUGCAGGAUAACAUGGAAGACAACAUCCAGGCACACUUGAUCAAAACGAAUCCUGCCAAAUGGUUUUCCGAACUGCUCAACGAGUUGUCCAGGCUGAACGAUGAAUCUAGAGACAUUCUUCAUCGGUGUAAAAGACAAGCGGAGGGCAGAAUUCAAGAUUAG